AUGUGUCAUGUCAGGUCGUGUCGGACUUCUGUUCGUCCUGUCCAGUCUCAGCACACACAGCAGGCUCGGAAUCGGAGGUUGAUUGUAUUUCACACGCCGCGGACGGCGACGACGACCGCUCGCGCCGCGUCGUCGUCCUCUAUCGCUCUACACUAUUCGCGCGCGCCGGUUCACAUCCCAUCACAUCGCGUCGCUUCACUUCCCAAUCAGCGUCUUCACCGCGUCCGUGACGUCGUCGGCGUAUUUGGUGAGAUCCGCCCCGACGCUCCCCUCGUCGUCGCCGUACCGUUUAACCGCCGCGACGGCGACGGCGACGCCCAUCAGCUCCAACACCCUCGGCGCGAACACGCCCAAAACGGGCCAAGACGCGACGUUACCGAGCAGCAACGCCGCGGCCACGCCCGCGGCCGGGAACGCGAUCUCCUCCACCGGGUCGCUCACGCCCUCGUACCACUCCGUCGCCGAAGCCUUGACGUCGUCGACGUCCGGGACGGAGAGCUUGCCCGCGAGCGCCGUCACCGGCGCGACGACGUCGUCGACCGCGGGGAACUCGUCGCCGAGCUUCGCGACGAAGUCGCUCGCGUCGUCGCCGAUGGUGGCGUCCUUCGUGACGAGGUAGCGCGACGCGAGGAGCGUCGCCGCGCACGCGCCGACGAACUGCAGCGGCCCGGGGAGGAAAAAGCCGAGCACCGGGAGGUGCACCAACGCGUCGACGGCGACGACGCCGCCGACGUACGCCGCCUUCCCGGGGACGCCCUCGAUGGAGGUCACCACGUCCUUCGCGUCGUUCAGCGCGCCCUCGUAGUCGCCGUCGGUGACCUUGGACUUGACGCCCGGGACGAGGAGCGCGGUCGCGGCGGCGCCGGCGACGGCGGCGACGACGACGUCGCCGACGAAGACGUCGACGGGGCCGGGCGCGGCUUUGGCUUUGGCUUUCUUCUUCGGCGCCGCGGGCUUGGGCGGCGGCGUCGUUUUCUUCGCCGGCGCCGGCGUUGGGGCGGCAGCCUUCGGCGCGGUCGCGGCGGGCGGCGGCGCGGGGGCGGCAGCCUUCGGCGCGCUCUUGGCCGCCUUGGCGGCGGCGGCGGCGGCGUCCUUCUCAGCCUUGGCCUUCUCCGCCGCGUCCGCCUUCGCCUUCGCGUCCGCGGCAGCCUUCGCCUUCGCCGCGUCCGCCGCGUCAGCCUUCGCCUUCGCGGCCGCGGCGGCGUCCGCCUUCGCGGCUUCCUUCUUCGCCUGGAGCGCGGCCGCGGCCUCCGCCUUGGCGGCGGCGGCGGCGGCUUUUCUGUCCGCGGGCGUCGCCGGCGCGACGGGCGCGGGCGGCGGCGGCGGCGGCGCCUCUUCGACCGGCGGCGGCGGCGCCGGCGCGGCGGCGGUCUUCGGCGCGGCCGGGUACGCCUUCGGCUUGGGCGCGUCGACGAUCCCAGCCUUCUUCUUGAUCUUCUUCACCGCGGCAGCCUCCCACGAGUCCACGGUGGCGCGGCACGUGCUGUUCGCGCACUUGGCGCGCUGCUCGUUAAACUUGGCCACCUGCUCCGCGAUCGCGGCGUCGACGUCCGCGGCGGCGAGCUCCACGACGGGCGGCGCGGAGGACGCGAUCGCGGGGAGGGCGAUCGUCGCCGCCGCGAGCGUCGCGACGAUCUUCGCGGGGACGGAGGACGCAGACGCGGCGGAGGACUCGUGGUCCGAGGACGACGACGACGACGCGGCGCGCGCGACGACGAAUUUGACGCGCUUGGAGUUGGCACACUUGUUUUUCGCGGCGUUCGCGCGCGCGCCGCGGCGUAG